CUUUAAUCCGUGAACUCUAGCGAAGGCUUCUCAACUAUGUCGCGCUUCGCGCUACGUACCUGGUCCGCAACAGUGCUACAUUCGAUGCUCGGCCAGGAAAAUACGUCCUGACAAAAAUAAAGCGCGUCGCUUUUCCCGACAAAAUAUCGAGAAAAAGGAACAAUAAAGUCGCCGAAUUCGCGUGGCUGGCGACUUCUUGUGCGUGCGUUCGAAUCCGGGCGUUUUCCGAGAGAUUCGAUCGAAGCUCCGGUAGGUACUUAGUGGUGACUGACCCUUUUAUCGCAGUAACAAACAGCAGAACAAUCGAGGGUAAUGGAAAAUCUCUGCUGAAGGGUACAGGACAAACUUGAGGAAUUGUCCGAUCCUGUGUCUUUAGGAAACGAAAAUCUUACAGAAGAAAUUGUUUCUCGUUGUAACAAAUCCCUAGUAAAAGAAGCAAAAGAACUUGCAGACCUUCUAUCAAAGCCGCACGUGAAGGCCGUCAUAAGAACACACGAUACUAUUGGUGAAAAAAGACUAAAAUUUAACGAAAAAAUAAACAGCAGUUCGAAUAUAUGCAACAUUAUGACCGGCGAAGCUUUACGAGUAGUCGGGGUGAGGAAGAAACCUGGAGAACCCCUAGGUUUAACUGUGGAAGUUGACGCAAACAAAAACCUUGUGAUAGCGAGGAUUUUGGAAGGGGGAACGAUAGACAAACAGGGUCUGUUACACCAAGGGGAUGUAAUUCUAGAAGUAAACGGAACUUCGGUAUACACACCUGAAGAAUUGCAAGCUGAGAUAACCAAAGCCAGGGAUUCUGUUACAUUAAAAAUUGGACCUAAACAAACAGAAAACAACGAAACUCACGCAUCAAUAGUCAGUAACGGAACGACAAAUGGACUAACAAGAAAACUAACAUGUUACAUGAGAGCUUUAUUUGCCUACGACCCUGAAGAGGACACCCUUCUUCCUUGUAAGGAAAUAGGAUUGAAGUUUGACAGGGGGGACAUUCUGCAAAUUGUCGAUCAAAAAGAUCCGAAUUGGUGGCAGGCAAAGAAGGUAAUCAGUGGAGGUCCCGCGGGACUUAUCCCUUCCCCGGAACUGGAAGAAAGGAGAAAAGCGUUUGUCGCACCAGAGGCCGAUUUCGUACACAAAAUUGGCUUGUGCGGAACAAGGACAUCGAAAAAGAAAAAGAAAAUCAUUUACCAAUCGAAAAGUAACGUUGAGUUUGAUAAGGCAGAACUUCUUUUAUAUGAAGAAGUUACGAAAAUGCCACCGUUUAAACGAAAAACUUUAGUGCUGAUAGGAACCCAAGGUGUGGGCAGAAGAACGUUAAAAAACAGACUGAUUAAUAGUGAUCCUGAUAAAUUUGGAGCAGUGGUGCCCUGGACAUCUAGACCUCCAAGAGUACUGGAAGAAAACGGCCAGACCUAUUGGUUCACGGACAGAGAAACAAUCGAAGAAGAAAUAAAACAAUACAAGUUCCUCGAGUAUGGGGAGUACAACGGUCACAUUUAUGGAACCCACAUAGAUUCUGUUAGGGACGUUAUCAAACAGGGAAAAAUGUGCGUACUAGACUGCGGACCAGCCGCCUUAAAGAUUCUUCAUAAUAGCACAGAGUUUCUUCCCUAUGUAAUUUUUAUAGCAGCUCCAGGUAUGGAACAACUUAAAAAUUUAUAUGAUGUUAGCAAAAGUACCAAUAAUCUACGGUAUUCCAGUAGGAACUUAACGUUUGAUCGUCAAAGUUCAAUCAGAUAUAGUUCAAGAAGAGCCAGAACUUUAGAAUCUCUUGCAUCCCUUUAUGAGGAGGAUGAUCUUAAGAAAACUUUAGAAGAAAGUGCGAGUAUGCAACGAACUUAUGACAAAUAUAUAGAUCUAGUGAUUACAAACAACGACUUUGAUACCACUUUCAGAGAAAUUGUUCGGGCAUUGGAGUCAUUAACUACUGAACAUCAGUGGGUACCAGUUAAUUGGAUUUAUUAAUUUAUAAGUGCUUAUAUUAAUUCGUUUUUUGAGUCAACGAGGAAAAUAUUUUUAAUUUUGUAAAUACAUAAAUGUAAGUAAGACGGAAAAGCAUUUCAAAUGUGGGCCUAAUCUGUAAAUAAUUUAAAGAUAAAAGUGUCCUCCGUCCUGUGCUUUUUCUUCAACUUAAAAUUCAUUCAUUGGUGCUGAUAAGAUUAAAAGUAAUUGUUUUGAACACCAAAAAGCAUAGUUUCAACACAACUGAUUGUAUUUUCAUUUGUACCUAUAAUAGGCAGUGCGCUUACUUAAUAAGUAGGUGCUGUUUAUAAGAAAUAGCAUGUAAAACAUUGUAAAUCGUUUGGUUAUUACAGUUACCAGGCAAAUGAUAAGUUUAUACUUUAAACAUUAGAAAGAUAGGGAUAGUAUCUAGUAUAUAUAAUUAUAAUAUAUUGAAACUAUACAUUAUAUUGUAUAAAAGUGAGUAAGACCGUACUUUAUUAUUGAGGCAUAAGGCAAUUAUGUACAGAAACAAAGAGCAAAAUUGACAAAGUGUGUAACACUUUAAUGUACAAUAGUUGCUUUUGUAUGAAUUAUUUUGCAGGAGCUCUGCUACAGGGGAAAUUUUCAUAUAUUUAGAUGUUUAAGAAACUAGAGUAGUACUUUUCUAUUUUGUAUCAUACUCAUAAAAAAUAAUCCGUCCAUGUGUUCUUAUAAUGCGUUAUCAUUUUUGUAAUUGUUAUUUUAUAGUUUUUUAUGUGUAUUUUGAAAAACUGCCGUUAAACCAAUGCGGUGGUUGAUGAUCUCCCCAGAAGAAACCAUCGUGUUAAUUGUUAAUAAUAACAGUUAUUUAUCUAAUUACAACUUAUGGUCUUAUCGUCAAAAAAUAUACAUUCGAGUGUUUUUUAAUAAAGCUUCGGAAUUAAAACCGUU